CUCUCCCCACUCCAACAAUGCCAGGCCCUCGCUUCGCCUUGCUCAGGUCAAUCGGUUCUCGUGGAAUUUCAACAACCGCACGUCUUCAGGCUCUCAGUGCCGCAGCUCGCCCGAAAGCCGAGCAAAUCUCAGCAGAGUGGAAAGGCACCAGCGCGACAGGGGCUAACACCAAGAACUUUAUUGGCGGCCAGUUUGUAGAAAGCAAGAGCACAGAAUGGAUAGAGGUGCAAGACCCUUCGACUCAAACUGUCUUGACCCGGGUUCCCCAAACCACCGAGACUGAGUUUGAGCAAGCUGUCGAUGCUGCAUCUCAGGCUUUCAAAACAUGGAGCAGGACGAGUCUCCUCACGCGUCAGAAAUUUGUUUUGGAACUCCAGCACCUGUUGCGCAAGAACGCGGAUGCAAUUGCAGCGAGUAUCGUAUUGGAGCAAGGAAAGACUUGGGCAGAUGCUCAUGGCGACUUGCUGCGUGGUCUGCAGGUGGUAGAGACCGCUGCCGGUAUUACCUCCAACCUGCUUGGCGACAAACUUGAAGUUACCAAGGACAUGGAUACCUAUGUUCGACGCGUCCCCUUGGGCGUCUGUGCCAGCGUUGCCCCCUUCAACUUCCCUGCGAUGAUUCCGUUAUGGACAAUUCCUUUGGCAGCGGUCACUGGUAACACUUUGGUUCUCAAACCUUCGGAACGAGACCCUGGUGCAGCUAUGAUGAUUGCCGAACUCUGCCAGCAAGCCGGCCUUCCUGACGGGGUGCUCAACGUUGUCCACGGAGGCGUUCCUACUGUCAAUGCCAUCUGUGAUCACCCAGCCAUUAAGGCUAUCAGCUUUGUGGGUGGUGACAAGGCUGGCAAACAUAUCUAUGACCGAGGUACACAAAAUGGCAAGCGUGUCCAGGCCAACCUUGGUGCUAAGAAUCAUGCAAUCUUGAUGCCUGAUGCCAACAAGAACCUUGCCCUGAACUCUAUUGUCGGUGCUGCUUUCGGAGCCGCUGGCCAGCGAUGUAUGGCUGUCUCUGUCGCUAUCCUCGUCGGCGACUCUCAGGCAUGGCUGCCGGAGCUGGUGGAGCGAGCAAAGAAACUGAAGGUUAGCGGGGGCUUCGAGCCAGGCGCUGAUUUGGGUCCAGUUAUUUCGCCCGCCGCUAAGGAGAGGAUUCUCGGUCUCAUCAGCUCCGCCGAAGCAGAUGGUGGCGAAAUUCUCCUCGAUGGUCGAAAUAUUUCUGUUCCCGAUUAUCCUGACGGAAACUUCGUUGGUCCUACUAUCAUCAAGGGUGGCGUCGGUAUGAAGUGCUACGACCAAGAGAUCUUCGGUCCUGUCUUGAUCGUCCUUCAAGCCGAGACUCUGGAUGAUGCCCUCGACAUCAUUAAUAACAACCGAUAUGGCAACGGUGCUGCCAUCUUUACUCAGUCGGGUGCGACCGCACGCAAGUUCGAGACUGAGGUCAACGUCGGCCAGCUUGGUGUCAACGUCCCCAUCCCUGUACCUUUGCCUAUGUUCUCAUGGAGUGGAAACAAGGCCAGUGUGUUGGGGGAUAUUGGUUUCUACGGCAAGAGCGGUAUCAACUUCUACACUCAGAACAAGACCAUCACCAGCCUAUGGAAGGCCGAAGACGCCCUUGGCAACCGAGCAUCCGUCAACAUGCCUACCCACCAUUAAACGGAUGGCGUCCUCCGACCAUCAGAGGGCCAAGGUAUCUAGUCGGAUUUCCCGAAAACAUCAUCGAGGAAGGCAUUGGAUAAUUUCACGCAUUGUUCGAAGCAGUCAUCGAAUCCACUCUGUACACCCAUAGACAAUCAAUUACAUUUAUUCU